AUGCUGGGGCCCAUUAAGCUCGCUCUCAUAGCUGCCACAGUUUGGGCCGACUCCAUCAAGCAACUCCUAGAUGCUUACGAGGAGAUUGGGGAGGCGCUCAGCAACCUCGUCUUCUUCCACACACUCAUCAAAAGCAACGGCGCAGAACACCUCAGGCGAGCCCUGGAGGACUACUUUUCUGACAUUCUUCGGUUCCAUCGCUGCGUUCUAGUUGUUUUUUCUCGACCUAAUUGGAUAACGUUCUUCAAGGCGGCAUGGGGAAGCUUCCGGCGUCAGGUCGAGCCGAUCAUCCGGGCGCUCAAGCUUCGACAGGAGAAGCUAUCUCACGAGAGGCUGCAGGCACAUGCCAUCCAUCAAGGAGUUCAGGACUUCCGAGGGCAUGCUGAUGACCGGUUUGAUAGGCUUGAAGCAGAUCUCGACAGGAUCCGCAAUGCGUUGGCCUCUGAAUGCCUGAAGCGCCAGACAUCAGUUGAAGAUCAAGAUAUGAAGGAGAUUUUGGAGGACAAGCUCAAUAUUUCGAAGUUUGGGUCUCGCAGUCGGCUGGAUUCCCCGGAACUAAGCUCUCCGUCUGCCGGUGAUUGGAUCUUUCAGCAUCCUCACUUUCAGGCGUGGGAAAGGGCAACAUCCUCUCAAGGAAAUAUUCUAUUCUUGAACGGCUCACCUGGCGCUGGUAAAACAACAUUGGCGAUGAAAGUUAUUCGCUACCUCACGGGCAAGGACCCUAUCCAUGGCAGUACAGUCCACUUCCUCUUCAGACACGAUGAUGACGAUCGAAAAUCUGCCAAGCCGAUGCUCCGAACGAUCCUGGCUCAGUUGAUUCAACAAGACGAAACCAUCAUGCGAUACUUGUAUGAGAAGUCCGCUCCCAUGAGCAGCAAUCUCGAGCUCUCUAGUCUCGCAACUCUUCAAGACUUGACCCGCGAGUGCUUGACCAGCCAACGCAGCGUAUCUGUGGUACUUGAUGGUCUUGACGAGUGUGCUGAGAACGAACCCAACUCAAUCGUUACCUGGUUUCUAGACAAGGUUCUUCCCUCCGCAGCCUCACGGGGUUGUCAUCUCAGGUUGUUGGUCUGCGGACAGAGAGACGGGCGACUCGAUCAACUGUUGUCAGCGCAGCCCCAGAUCAGGCUUGACACGCUUCAUUCUCACCAAAGGGACAUUGAGGAGUACUCGAAAUCUCGAGCCGCCGAGAUAUGCGCGAGGUUCUCCCAGACACCGGAACAAGAAGAAGAGCUUGCCACCAAAGUAGCAAAGACAUCACAAGGCAUGUUCUUGUAUACUAAAGUUGUCAUGUCCAAUUUCUUAUCCAUGGAUUCGGUCGAUGAAUUUGAAGAUGAGAUGCAGAGCGACAGGUUCCCCGAAGACCUGUACAAAGCUUACGAACGAAUCAUUCAAAGAGUGCUAGAAAAGGCCAAGCCAUCACGACAGAAGACGGUCAAGAAGAUCUUGGGUUGGAUCAUUUGCUCCCAGAGGCCUCUUCGAUGGCGCGAGAUACAGUCAAGGUUCUGCAUCAAUGCAGAAAAGGGAACCUGCAACCCCAAGCGUCGCCGCCUCGACAACUGCAAGGACAUCUGCAGCUCGCUCGUUGACGUCACGAUCUGCGAUAUGUUUGGGGGCCUUCAGUCCGAGCAGAUCAUACAGAUGGUCCACGAGACAGCUGGAAGAUACCUUGUCCAGAGAGGCACCAUUGAUCUUCUGCAGGAGCAUGCCGACUUGGCUCUCUUCUGUUGUCGUUACCUUUCUUCUCGGCCCUUUCUCCAAGACCCAGAAACUGACAGCACCCAAAACGCUCUCCAAUCUGGUUAUUUCGGGUUCCUCGACUAUGCCACGGUUAACUAUUGUUAUCAUGUUGAAGAAGCACAGAAGCAUGCAUCUGGGCCCCCAGCGGACGUUGUCUCGUCUGCGGUGGGCUUGCUCACAGCUUAUUCCGACAACCCUUCAAAUCAAUCGAUUCGCAAGAUGGAGAUUUGCGCUCAAACAGUAACAAAUACGCUCCGCACACAGAAUAUCGACGCGCGAAUACACUCUCGCGUGAUCGUCAUUCGAGGGGCAGGAGAGUCACAACACCGCGACCUUUCCAAAGAGGGUGCAUACCUGGAUCUCUCUGGUCCCCUGAGAUUCAAAUGCCCCAGAGUCUUCUGUUCCAGGUUCCUUACCGGAUUUCGAAGCCAAGACGCUCGCGAUGAGCACCUUGACAGGCAUGAACGGCCGUAUAGGUGCACCCACACUGACUGUUUUCUCCAUGACGUUGGGUGUGAGUCCCGCGAGCGUCUUGAAGCACAUCGUAAGGCUUUUCACCAGAAUUCUUCCAAAUUGGCGGUCUCAUUUCCUUCCACCAAGAGCACCAAAUCAAGAGACAUUUCCGAAGCUUGCCGAAAAGGCAAACUUGAGGAAGUCAGACAAUUCCAUCUUUCGGGAGAGUCUCUCCACACGACGUGGACAGGGAGCUAUGUCACACCGCUAUUUGUCGCCACAAAAGCCGGGCAUGCCCAUAUCUGCAAGUAUAUCAUUGAUCAAGGAAUCGAUCCUUUUAAGGAGCGUCACUGGAUGGGAAGAGACUGGUCAUCGAUGCUCGAGGCCAUCCGCAGAGCGAAUGCACCAAUUGUGGAGCUCUUUUUGCAAUCACAAUAUGAAGCCACCAUCGCCCAUUUUCCACGUUAUAUUGCCGUAGCUAUCCUGUCUGGCAAUUUGGAGACCUUGGAACUCCUCCUGGGGUCGCAAACCGUUCUCGACCACGCGACGAUUGUUGAGCAAGUUACCAACGAAUUAAUGUCGACGACCUCGGACCUCAAACGAUGGCUCAAAGACCAACCUGCAGAUUCUUCCUUGCCCCUGGUGCAAGCUCUCUCAUCAGGAACCCUGGUUCUGCAGAAUACCGCGCUUGCAAGAAAGUUUUGCAGCAACGCGGUAGCUUACUGCACGAAGCACUGCAAUCAAAGUGUCAUCCUCUUUCCAUGUUUCUACUAG